GCUACUCCGGAUUUCUCUCAGCUUUUCAGUGUGCGAUUUUGCCAGCUCUGCUACAAAAGCGAAAUAACGCUCAGCGGUAAAGUGUUAGCUGUGAAUGAUGCAAUAUGUGGGAAUUAACAAUCACUGACGCGUGCAUAUACACCGGCAUGUGUAAUGAUAAGCACAGAUGGCAAAGGCGCGUCUUUAUAAAAGGGCCGUACAAGGGAUGGAUGUACUCCAGUCGUAUUUAAAGUUUAGUGCGCCAAACAUAUGUGGGCAUUCAGCAAAUUCAAAUUGAAGAAAUCAUAACAAAAAUCAACAUUAUUAAAUAAAAUGUGUGGCAUAUUCGCGAUAUUUUCAAAAGAUGGUCAGCCCAUAGCACCAAGGGUCUUUCAUGGUAGUAUGCAUACUUUGCGAGAAAUUGCCUAUCGUCAAAGUGGUAAGCAACGACAUCGUGGACCAGAUGACACGGGUGUGAAAGUGCUACCGGAUGAUGGUGUAGUAAUGAUACAUGAACGUCUCUCUGUAAUUUGUGUGCAUUCAGGGCAUCAGCCGUUGGUUUCGGAAAGCGGCGAUGUGUUGUUAGUGGCAAACGGUGAAAUUUACAACUACCUUGAACAGUCGGCGGAAAUAGCAAAGAAGCGUGGACAUUACAAACCUAAAAGUGAUUGCAAUGUCAUUGUUGAGCUCUAUGAAGAGCAUGGCGAGCGAUUGUUGGACUAUAUCACCGGUAUGUUUGCAUUUGUGCUCUACGACAAACGCACGAAGAAUAUUCUGAUUGCUCGUGACCCUUUUGGCAUAAUACCGUUAUAUAUUGGUGAGGAUUCAGAUGGCAAUAUUUGGGUUGCUUCAGAAAUGAAAUGCCUAGUUGAAUUUUGCCCGAAAUUAGAACUUUUCAAACCGGGCGAGCUACGAGUUGGACAGGCUAAUAACUUGCAGCGUAAAAAAUAUUUCAAGGAGCAGUGGAUUGAGCAUAUACCAACACAAGAAGUAGAUUUGACAAUACUUCGCUCAAAAUUAGAAUCUGCUGUACGUUCCCAUCUGCAGUGUGAUGUUCCCUUUGGUGCGCUACUCUCAGGCGGCGUCGAUUCUAGUCUAGUGGCUUCGAUUGCGACAAAAUUACGUCGUGAAAGUAAUCCUAAAUAUCGAUUGAAAACUUUUUCAGUGGGUCUACGCAAUGCUCCUGAUUUCAAAGCGGCAAAACUGGUUUCUGAUUAUAUUAACAGUGAUCACACAGAAAUAGUUUUCGAAAUAGAAGAUGCUUUAGAUGGCAUACGUGAUAUUAUCUACCACCUGGAAACAUACGACGUGACAACGGUUCGCUGCAGCCUGCCAAUGUUGUUACUGGCCCGUCAUAUUAAAAGCACUGGCAUUAAGAUGAUACUAUCUGGCGAAGGUGCCGACGAAAUAUUGGGUGGUUACUUAUACUUUUUCAAAGCUCCAAAUCCUGUAGAGUUUCACAAAGAAUUAGUGAAGCGAGUCGAACUAAUAAAUGUAUCCGAUUGCCUGCGCGCCAAUAAAGUCACAAUGGCAAAAGGGCUAGAGUUGCGUGUGCCCUUCCUCGACACAGCUUUUGUAAACUAUGUGAUGUCCGUAAGACCAGAAGACAAGAUUCCUGGUGAUCUUAACUGCUUAGAUAAUCAACAAAAAUACCGUAUUGAAAAACACAUUCUGCGCGCUGCCUUUGCCAAUAAUUACCUACCCAACGAAAUAUUGUGGCGACAAAAGGAACAGUUUUCCGAUGGUGUCGGCUAUGACUGGAUUGACAGUAUUCGUCGCGUGGCGACCUCACAUAUAACUGAUGAACAAUUUGAUGCAGCUAACGUACGUUUCCCCAUUAACACACCAACGACUAAGGAGGCCUAUUACUAUCGUACAAUUUUCGAAGAGUUGUUCCCAGGUGCAGCAGCAGCGCAAACUGUGACACGUUGGGUGCCACGUUUGGAUUGGGGAUGCCCCGAGGAUCCAUCUGGUCGUGCUCAAGCUAUUCAUCAAGUGCAUCAGUGAGUGUAAGUGAGGAGGUUUAAAGACUGAACGUUAUCUGUAGACGUCGCGACGACUGCAAGUGUUUUUUAUUUUUGUAUGAAUAGAUAAGCAAAUAAAGUUAAAGAUAAUACAUACAUAUAUGCAUAUGGUUUGUUAUAUGUGAAAUAUACAUGUAUAUAAAUUGUA